GAGACCGACAGAGGGCGCUAUUCGGCUUGUUUAGUAUAGAUCAGAUAUCGCUGCCAAAAAUCUCUAAAAGGAACAUGGCCACCGAUGACGAAGUCAUUCGCAGAAGGCUCCUUAUUGAAGGAGAAAGCGGUGGAGAUGAUCGACGCAUCAACACACUCCUCAGGAUGUUCAUCAAGUGGUGCAACAGUGACACCUCAGAAGAAGAAAGUGUGGCAACAUAUCAGAAGAUGCUAUCCAUCUUAGCUCAAGUGGAAUUUGCCAUGGAGAAGACACAGCUGAUCCAUGAUAUGAACACCAAGGAACUGACCAACUAUGAAGAACUCUACAGUGAGAUAGAGCAGAGUAUCAAGGAAGCACAUUCCAAGAUCUCUGCUUGCAAACUGCAAGUCCAGGAUGCCAAGAGGGUGCGAAAGAACAGGCAGGAGUAUGACGCUCUGGCCAAGGUCAUCAAACUCCAGCCAGAUCGGAGGGAGUCCAUGAAAAAACUGGAAGAACUUGACAAAGAGCUGUCUAAUCUCAAAUGCAGCAAGCAGACUCUGGAACAAAAGCUGGAAGAUCGUAGGAAACAAUUCCACGUCCUUAUCAGCUCCAUCCAGGAACUUCAGAGAAUACUUGAGGAGGAUGACAAGGGAAAGGAAGUGCACAUGGAAACCACGUUGGACCGCUCCAUGGAUACCAGUAUGGGUGACAAAUGACAGCAAAACAAGGGCUAGGAUUCUCUAUCUUACGUAUUGAAAGGACACCUCCGAUUUGGAAAAUGGGGUCAUCCCACUCCGCCAGCCUGCGCAAAAAUUUGGACGAGCGGGAUUUUUGAAGGAAUUUAACCGUGGAAAAGUACAAUGAUUGAAAGGUUUUUCAUGGGCAUAGCUGGAUGGAAGCAUUCUCAAAGCUUGUAGCUGUCAGCCGUAGCUGGAUAAGGAGAGAAACCAUGGACCCCUGAGACAUCAGAGAACCUGGAGAUGCAAUUCCAGCCGUUCAACUUCCAGCGCUGACGCCAACUCUAAGAGCAGGACUGGAUAUCCAACAGGCACAGUGGACAUUGUGCCCAGGGCCUACGAAGACUUCAAAGCUUAUGAAACUAAUUGAAGGCCUAUGAAAAUACCAUUAUUGUGCCAUAAAGUACACAUAGUUUUGAGAGACUGGCUCUUCUCUUUGAAUUUCAAAUUUCAGGAAAGGUUUGAACUGACCAGUAUAUAACUUUGUUCAGCAUAGCAUCAACAUGAGAUGCAAGGCCCCAAUGCUUACUAGUACUAUGGCAUUGGUGUUGGUGCCUAGGAGUAAUGCCUCUAUAACACUGCUGCCCUGGGCCUGUACAGCUAUUAAUCUGGCCCUGACUAAUACGUAUCUAAGUGUACAUGCACAAUGUGCUGGCCAUGGAAUAACCAGCCAAGGGGGAUCCAGAAACCAGUUUUGGGAGGCUAAACUUGGGGGUUUUUUGGGGGGGGGUUUCCUUCAGAAAUCUUUCUUUUUUGUGUGUGUGACGUUUGUGGCCUUUUUGAGGCAUUUUCCACUCUUUUUGAAGAAAAGGAGAUAAUUUAGACCAAAACCUUUUCCUCUCAUUUUUCAUUUUUUGGAGGGGGUCCCCUUGCACUCUUGUAACCAGCAUUGAUCCUUCAUGUAGCCAACAACUGUUCACAUUAUUUGUUUAUGUUUACUUUUUUUUUGCGUAAAUCUUUUAUGUUAAAAGUGGUGUUAACUUUGUAAUGAUACAAUUGUGUAUUAAACAGUGCAUUUUAUCAUUUCAUUGUCUCUGAAACAAAUGUGAAAGUACUCAAAAAUGGAUGCAAAAGAUCACGUUUUGUUGGCUUCACAAUGGACAGAUACAACAAAAUUUUGUAAACAGUAUUGAACAUGUCAACGGACCCCAUGUUGAAACUGUAGAAAAUACUUCAUGACUGUUUAGGACAGUUCUGGUGUGAAGGAGGCACCACAUGAAUGCACAUGAUAUAAACACGGGGGGACAGACUUGUUCCUAGAAUCCACACAUGAACUGAGAGUAAUGCCCUUCUUUUGGUCGUCUAACAAAUUUAUCCUCAUGAUGUUUUAGUUACAUUGUAAAUAAAUUGCAUACAGGUUGAUGUAUGUAUCUGUCAUAGAAGUGA